AGCAUCAGUCCGCUGCGUGAACGAGCGGCUCGUCCCCGCGUGUCUUCACUGCGUUCAUCCCGCGAGGAGCCCGCAGGUGAGCCGACACGGACCGAACCGGACCGGGAGGGAUUAACACACCGAGGGACAAAGGACAGAGUCCGGUUCAACAACAACAACAACAACAACAACAACGACGACGACGAGCUUCAUCGUGAAAUAGCGGCUAACAAGCUGAUCUCGGAUGCUGAUGCUGUGUCUCCUCCCGCUGCUGUGGCUGCAGCCGACGGACGGCGAGGCCCCGAGGCGCGGCGGGCCGCGGCUGCAGCUCUCCCACUCAGAUCUGAGGAACGGCUCGGCCCUCUUCUGGGAGGGCGGAGUCAGCGGCGGCUACCGGGCCCUGCUAUUGGACGAGGAUGGAAGGUGGCUGCUGGUGGGGGGGAAGGACCACGUCUACCUGCUGAGGGCGGACGGCCCGGACCUCAAGGCGCACGCGCAGGUCCACUGGCCGGCCUCCACGGAGAACGUGCGGCGCUGCCAGCUCGCCGGCAAGAGUCUGCAGACGGACUGCGCCAACUUUGUGCGUCUGCUGCAGCCGCUCAACAAAACCCACGUGUACGCCUGUGGGACCGGAGCCUUCCACCCGCAGUGCGCCUACCUGCGCCUGGGCCCCUCCCCACAGGAGCCGUUGUCCCUACUGUCCCACACAGUGGAGUCCGGCAGAGGGAAAUGUCCCUUCAGUCCCACGCAGCCGUUCACCGCUCGAUUGACAGACGGUGAGCUCUACGCAGGGACCUCCGUGGACUUCAUGGGGGUCAACGCUGCCAUCUUCCGUUCUCCGGUCCGGGGCAGCAGUCACAAUCACAUCCGGACCGAAGCCAACGACCAGAACUGGCUCAACGAGCCCGACUUCGUGGGCUCCUUCUCCAUCCCCGACACCCACAGCCCGGACGACGACAAGAUCUACUUGUUCUUCAGGGAGCGGGCGGCGGAGGCCGGCCAGUGGGACCAGCGGGUUUACAGCCGCGUGGCUCGAGUCUGCAAGAACGACGUCGGAGGGAAGCGGAGUCUCAUCAACCGCUGGACCACCUUCCUCAAGGCCCGACUGGUCUGCUCCGUCCCCGGCCCGUCCGGGGUCGACACGCACUUUGACGAGCUUGAGGACAUCUUUGUUCUGGAGACCAAGGACCCUCAGAACCCGGCCGUCUACGGCAUCUUCAGCACCUCUAGCUCGGUGUUUCCCGGCUCGGCAGUGUGCGCAUACUCGAUGGCGUCCAUCCGAGCGGCUUUCAGCGGGCCCUUCGCCCACAAGGAGGGCCCCGACUACCGCUGGGUGGAGUACAAGGGCCGCAUCCCGUACCCGAGGCCCGGCACGUGUCCCAGCGAGACGUACGACGCGCUGCACAAGUCCACCCGGGACUUCCCCGACGAGCUGGUGAGCUUCAUGCGGCAGCACCAGCUGAUGUGGGAGGCCGUGCUGCCCCUGGGGGGGCGGCCUGUGCUGACCCGGGUCAACGCCCCCUCCGCCCUGAGGAGGCUGGUGGUGGACCGGGUGGAGGCUGAGGACGGCCCGUACGACGUCCUGCACCUGGGCACAGAUGAUGGGAAGGUGCUGAAGGCGGUGUCGUUUGUCAAAGACAGCCUGGACAUGGAGGAGAUCAUCCUGGAGGAGCUGACUAUCUUCAAGAGUCAGACUCCCAUCCUGAGCAUGCAGCUGUCCACCAAGAGACAACAGCUGUUUGUGUCCAGUGAGGAGGGGGUUGCCCAGCUGGGGCUCCAGAGGUGUAAUCUGUACGGGUCCGACUGUGCCGAGUGCUGCCUGGCCAGAGACCCCUACUGCUCCUGGGACGGCCAGACCUGCUCCACCUACUUCCCCUCCACCAGGAGGCGGGCUCGGAGACAGGAUGUAAAGCACGGAGACCCCUGGAGCCAGUGUCCCGUCACCGAGGACAACCUGGACUCUGCGGAGGUGAAGCCGGUGUUCGCCGUGGAGGGAAACGCCACCUUCCUGGAGUGCGUCCCUCGCUCGCCGCAGGCGGCGCUCCGCUGGACGCUGAAGCCCGCCGAGGACCAGGAGCUCCGAGAGCUCCCUCAGAGCGGCGAGGACGGCCGCUUCCUCCACACCGGGCGGGGGCUGCUGGUCCAACGCCUGCAGGCGGCCGACUCGGGCCUCUACACCUGCGCCGGCCACGAGCACUCCUACCGCCAGGUGCUGGCCCGCUACCGCGUCCACGUCAUCCCCAGCCGCGGCCUGCGCCGCCCGCCGGACCCCCCGGCUCCGGGUCUGUGGAACUCCUGGCCCCCCCAGCAGCUUCCGCCCAAGAGCUACAAGGACUUGCGGCGGCUGGGCGUGGAGCAGGACUGCGAGCAGCUGUGGCACCGAGAGAAGCGGCGGCAGCAGAAGCUGCGCAGCCUGAAGCUGAGGCAGGAGAGCCAGAAGGCCCGGGUGAGGAGGAACAACCCCCCGCAGGCUGCGCUCUGGUCCACGGGGGGGUCGCUGGUCCGCAACGAGGAAAAGUUUCCCCCACAAAGAGAGCAAUAACGCCCUCCCGGGAAAAAAUGACUUUACUUUGUCCUCAUCCAAAAUAUUUUGCCAUUUAGACACAAAAAUGAUGAACAAGUUCAUUCUAAAUUUAGAAUAUUGCAUUUGUAUUGUGCAUUUCUGUUUAAAAUAGCUUCAGUUAACACAGAAGAGAGCAAGGCAAUGUUACGCUAUGAACGCUGUCAACAUAUUCACCUCCUUAUCAUGGAAGCUCACGCUGUCUGGGCUCUCUUUAAGAAGCCAGACUCCAUUGGUAAAAAUUGGGAUUUGACCUCUGAACUCAGGAGCUGCUGCUCUGAUCAACCGGUUUGUUUGAAUCAUUGAGUGGCUUUGGUGUUUUAAGGGUUUGUUCACAAACAGCAUGAACUCACGAGGCGACAGAGGCGGCGUUGCAAAACAUCACAACAAAAACUAGUACUUGUAAUAUUUUCUUUUCCUUGAAUGUUAUGGAUUUCGGCCACAAGUCAACCAUCCUUUUUUUCUGUAUAAACAAUAUAUUUCAACCUGAAGAUGGCACCAGAUUGAAGAUGUAUCAGGACCUCACGCACAAUGCAGACAGCAAUAUGUAAACUAUAUAUAUUUACAUAUAUCACACCGAUGUUACGAGCCAGUUAUGUAAAGCUUAUGAAGUCUGCAGUGGAACUAAUAGUUAUUAUUCACACCCAUAUGUAUUAAAUAACUAUUUUUUAAUAGUAUUCUUACUUUGUUUGUUCAGAUGAACUUGUAUGUUUUUUUACUUACAAUAUUAAUAAAAUUGUCUUCAUGUGAAUAAGCCCCCAAAGGUUGUAUAUAAUAAAAAAAAUGAAAACAUU